UCUCAGGUCCCCGCGCGGCGAUCGCCCAGAGUGCCCGUGACUUGGGCUUUGGCUGGAUGUCUCCUGACCCACGGCACCAGAUUAACAGCCUCGAAUUAAAUCAGAGGGUGGCUCUCGCCGGGAGCCCCGGGCGUCACUGGGAGCUCCCGCAGAUUAGAACUCGCCUCUCCUAGCUCCUCCCCCCAGUCCCAUGUAAAGCUCCCAUCGACUUUUCCGAAAAAUCAAGAGUGGCUCAGUUUCUGCAGCGCCUUCUUUCACUGCAAGAUGAACACCGUUCUGCCUUGCCAAGACCAGUACUUUGUAGGAGGCCAGAGCUAUAAUUGCCCGUAUUCCACUACCACGUCAGAAUCUAGUGUUGACGUUUCCACGGAGACUUGGGUCUCUUUCUGGGCUGCUGGUCUCCUGGACAACAGAAAGCCCCAACAAGCACCACAGGCACAGGAAUCAUCCAGUGACUCAAGUUUCCCUGUUCCUAACACGUGUUCAUGGGAAGAGGCUCAGCUUUCCUCUCAGCUCUACAGAAACAAGCAGCUCCAAGAUACUCUGGUGCAGAAGGAGGAAGAACUUGCUAGGUUACAUGAAGAGAAUCAUCAUCUCAGACAAUACUUGACCUCUGCUUUGGUUAAAUGUCUUGAGGAAAAGGCCAAGAAAUUGUUGUCAGCAGAUGAGCUCUCCAAAGCAUAUGGGAAAUUCAGGAAGGGGAAGAGGAAACCGAGAGAGCAAAGGUAUGUUCCUCCAGAGACCCCCCAUCGCAAAAAUGCCAGGAGGAACCUCUCUAGAGAAUUUGCCACUUGUGAAGAACAACCUGGGCCCCCCGUGGAUCCCUGGGUUCUUCAGACGCUCGGGUUGAAAGACCUCAACACCAUUGAUGACACCUUCCCAGCUAACUACAGUGCCCUGCCUUCCCAUCCCAGAAGGAUCGCCAGCACAUUUCCCCAGGUUCCGGACGAUGCGGUGGAUUAUGAAAAUGUCCCCCAGGAGGAUCUGCAGAUGGACUAUGUGGGUGACAGAACAACCCUCUCUAACAGCACUGCCAGGCACAGGAAAGAUUCUUACUUCUUUUCUCAACCUGUGAAUCCCACAGGAGGGCUGCAGACUCUUCCUUACUAUACUGCUGAUGUGUCCCCCAAUAAGACAGAGAUGGCCUUUUCCACCUCCCUGAGCCCUCACUGUAAUGUGAAAACUCAUUCCUUCCACCAGGGACAAGCCUUUGUUCGUCGAGAUGAGGAGGGAGGCUGGAAGUUUACCUGGGUCCCUAAGCAGUCUUAGUGACCUCUCAUCUGUCACACAGGACUGCCAUGCACUCUGUUUACAAAGGCCUCUCUUGCCCUUGAACCUGACCGUGUGGAAUAUGGAAGCUAUUGCCCAGACUGUGUCCUGCCACUUUAAAUGUCACUCUCCAUGACCCACUUCAAUCUGCAGAGAAUAGCUUCCAAGAAUCCAUAAUGAAACAUGCCUACUCUUCUUUCACCUAGAUUUGACUUGUUUACACAGCAAUACCUGCUGUUGACUUCCUCCCUUUGCCCUAUACUUGAAAAGGUAUUUUCCAAUUGCCUGAAUAUUCCUUUGAGACCUACCUGUGCUAUUCCAAUGGUAAUGUGUCUGACAGCUUUUCUUCUUUCAUCAAGCAGUUUAACGUUCACAGCCUUCACCCUUUCACUUUUAUCUCUCUCCUGCUCCUCUUCAUUUCUGAAAACUGCCUUUAAAAUGAGUGUUAUUAUUCCUCCGAGUGCCUGCUGCUGAGUGUUCAGAUAGCUGGGGGUGGGGUAGAAACAAGUGUCUUUGCCAUCACCAUUCCUGAAGGCGUGAUGUAAAUGUGCGCAGUGUGAUGUGCAACUCAGUGCGCCCGGGGGCCCCAUGCUGGGGUUGACAAAGAGCCUCUCCAAACAGCUGUAACUGCUGGUGAGCAAUGCCACUGAUAAAUUAAAAGAUGAAAGAAGAUGAAAACUACUUUGAAAUGCCCCCCAUGGAAAAUCAGCUCCUGUGGGCACCUGGCAGUGUCUCUUUAGCCAUCAUGGCUCAGACAAGAAUAUUUUUGAGGUGCUUGUGUAACAAAACUCAGAUUCUGACUAACUUUUAUUGCUGAAAGUAUAGUCUAGCCUAGCUCUGCCACUGCCUCACUCACUCAGUCAUUCAUAUAUUCAUUUCAUCAUCAUUGAUGCACCCAAAAUAUUUGUAGAACAUGUGCCAGCUAUCAGACAUUGUGUUAUGGAGUGGUGAGCAAGUUAGGCACGGUGGCCACCCUCAUGAGACAACCACUCACCUGCCGUGACCUUGGUAAUGCUGCUUCCCAAGUGUGAAGAUUCAGGUCUCUCAGCUGCAGAUCACAGAAGUUGGACUAGAUAAUCACUAAUAUCCCAUGACUUGAGGUUGGAUGUGUCCCCUUUACCCUAACACUGCCCUCCCAGGCCACUGUUCUCUCUAGUUUUGAUAGGCAUUGCAGGUAUGUUGGGUGAACUUCAUAUGCAAUUUUAAAAAAUGUAUGCUAUUUGUAGUCAACACCAGAAGUCAUCGGUCUGAUCCCAGUAUUCUUUUUUCUGGCACGAGCCCAUUUUGCAGGCCAAUUCAGUCUGUGUGAGAGUAAGUGGCAUCUAACAAAUAGAGACAUAAAUUAAUUUUUAAAUGAGUAUGCAUAGAAUUAAUGCAAAUAUCGACAUCAACAAUUUCUCUCUUUCUAAAUAAAAAAAUGUAUUCUUAGUGCUCAUGCUAGUUCUCUUCCUUACCAAUGCCACAAGCACCCUGUCCUUCCAGAAUAAUGUACGUAUCAAAGAUGUGCACCCAGGUCUCUGGGGACUAAAUAACAGUUAAUGACAGAAUCCACCAUGUUGAGCCUCUUUCCUAUUUUUCUCUUUUACCCCCUCAGUCAUCCACCUUGUGCAAUCAGUGCCUGAGAGCAUGGCCGUUUGGGAUUCUUUGUAAGAAGACAUCCCUUCUGUUGCUGUUGCUGUUUGGAUUUUGCUUUAUUUUGGUGAUGUGAGCAAAUACUCUGUUUUAUAAGGUUUUGUUACCACCCAGUUUUCUUUAUAAUUUUUGAAAGGGAAUCCAAGAUAGUAACUAAUAUGAUUCUCGAGAAUAUUUUCAUGACUUUAGGAAAAGAGAACAUGCUCUAUUUGCUAAAAAAAAAAGAAAAAAAAACAAAAACAAAGACAAAAUGAAAAGAGUACCUUUUAAAUUCUGUGUAUCUAUACUUUUAAAUUUAGUAUCUGUGCCCCAGUGGGUGAAAUUAAUCUCUUUUUAAAAUAACCAACUUAUGAAUUAGAAUUUAUAGUAUUUUAAUACCCUAGGAAUCAAUAAAGCAACAUAAUUAUUUUGAAAGUCUAAAUGAUCAAACUGUGAAACAAAAUCAGUCAGUCAACAAAUAUUUAUUUCACAUUUUGAUGUGCCUUUUCCUGUGUUAUGGACCAUGAUGAAACACCCAGGCUUGCCACGAUACAUUUGAUACAUAAACAAAGCCACAUAAAUUGUAAUAGCUUUUAAGUGAAACUUGAGCUCCACUUUGUUUAAAGAUACUACAGCACACAUGGUAAAUUAUGAUAACAUGCUCUAGUUUAUAUCAUGGUUGGUAGUAUGGAAGAAAAUUACCACAUCUUCUUUCAAACAUUUCUACAGACAUUUGAUAUUCAUUUGAAUCAUGUAUAGAAAAUUAUUUGUUGAUGUUUGAGAAAUUGGAAAUUUCUCUCACCUGAGUGAAUCUAACUUUAAUGGUUUUACCAUGCUCCUUCAGUAAACCACAGUUAAUAUUCUAAUAUAAAGUGAGAAAUAAAAACUAAAUGCUUCUGUGAUUGUGAUGAAUAUUUUAUAUUGCAUAAGACAUUUUCUAAUAAUGGAUUUUCUUCUCCUAGGUUUUACCCAUGAUCCUGUUGAUUUGCCCCUUUGUUGUAUAGUGUAUAUGGACAGACCAGUAUCUUCAGCAUUUACAGUUUAAUGGUUCAUUCCCUUAUCCAGGAUACAUACUGAGGCUUUUGGGUGUUAAGUGGCCUAAAGACUCCAGUGUUUUGUGGGUACAACACUCUCUUGCAUAACGUCCCAUAAAAAUUAGAAUUCAGUAUCAGUUUUUAAAAUUUGAUAGUAUUUUCUAUGCUCUCUGAUCAUCUGAAAAUAAAUCAUACUUGAAUCUCACUAGUAUGUAGAAAAUAAGGGCGAUUGGGAAGCUUCACUUAUGAAAAUGACAAUUAAUGAAUGGGAUUAUUUAAAACUGCAGUAAUGUUAAACUAUAAUUUUAGAAAAUAGGAAGAAAAAAACUAUGUGAAUCAGUGGGAAGAACUGCUUAUUUUAUCCAUGUUAAGAAAACAGAAAUUUUUUAAAAGUGUGAUAAAUAAUUCAACAGUGGAUCUAUAUCACAGGUGUAGAGGAAAGUACAGAUUUAUUAUAUCCAGUGGUAAUUUUUAUAAGUUUACUUCUUGCCUAUAAAGAUACACAAUUUUACAUUUCAGUUUACCAUAAGAUUCAUAUAAGCAAAUACCAAAUUCACCACUUUUUAUUUUUCAUGAAACCAAAUAAAAUUGGUUUAUACACUACAAAUAUAUGAGGUGAAUAUAUUUCUUAAUGUAUUUGUCAUAUUUUUAUCUACAUUUGUUUUACACAAACAUAACCAGACAUCUGAUUAUAAUUCUUA